AUGGGUAGGGAAGACGGGGUGAGCUACGAGUGUGCUGAUAUGCUCCGUAAGGAAUCAACAUCGAGACCGGGCAAGUUCUAUUACUUCAACGUACACACGCAGCAAGGGCAGUGGGAGUUCCCCUCGACUGAAGUGAUGCCACCGACGAGGAGAAAGAGCUCAUAUGUCUACCGCAUGCCGGAACUGGAGACAGCGCAUGUACUGCAUAUUCUGAAGAAGCAUAGGGGAUCUCGGAAACCUCGGUCGUGGAGAAUCGAUGGAGAAAUAACACUACCAGUUGAGGAAGCUAUAAAGGAAUUAGCAUUGAUAAGGGAAGAGGUGGUAAGGCAAGAACCGAACGGGCUGGCGGCUAUGACUAAGUGCUUUAAAGAUAACGCUAGAAUUGAAAGUGAUUGCGGCACAGCCAAGCGAGGAGGCGAUCUUGGAGAGAUUGCUCGCGGAAGAAUGCAGCCAUCUUUUGAGAAAGUGGCGUUUGCGUUGCCCCCGGGGACAUUAAGUCCGAUUAUACACACGGAAUCUGGGGUGCACUUGAUACUUCGCUUGAAGUGAUGAUGGGAAAUCAUCUGUAUUGCAUGAAAAGGAAGAAGGUGUGGGAGAAGUCAUUGUGGAUAUUAUUAUUCCGUGUGAGUGCAUUUGCAAUGUAAAGCUGAAGGAGAGCUCUUUUAGAUAGAAGAUCUACUAUGUAGAAUAUGACGAAUCUGAUACGUAUUUCGAGAGGAGAUCGUGUCUAAUUAUUUGACCUAUUAUUCCCUCCUCCUGAGAUGUUGUACCAUUCCACAGUCGAAUCUGCUUCCACGGCACUAGUAUUGGACAACACUGUUACUACUAUCAGUCCUACCCUAUGUCUAGCCAACUGUCCUUCUUGUGCGGACGCAGAGUGUUGAGGACGGGCAACACACACACUUUUUCCUUUAUAUUCUACUAUCACUAUUAUUAUCAUUAUCGUCGAUGUAUCACAAGCAUCAGGCUCCCUUGUAGUAGAAUAACUAUAUUCUGCUAUUGGCAUUCGAUUGGCAUUUCGAAUAUGAUACUUAUCAAAGUGGAUGGAGUCGGUUAUUGCUAUUAUAUCUCAUUUUGGUGGAGUACAGAGAUGAUUGCUAUUGCGAGUAUCUACGUCACGAUGCGAGUAUGAAUAAUUAUCACUAGUACCGUUUUGCAUGACCUGAGGCUUGCUACCGGUGCUCUGGUGGAAACUUGGAUGAGUGAAUAUUGCUGCUGCUGCUUCGU